CAGCAUAAGUGUUUCGGAACUGGUUCAAUCGCUUCAAUUGAACUAAGCAAAGCGCGCGCAGUCGUGAGUUUAGUAUUUCUGCAUUUUAACAAAGUAAAAGUCUUUUCAUGCAUGUUAUUGUUGUUUGCUGACAGCUGCAAAAAUGUCCGCGGUUACAUCGACCAAUGCGAGCAAGCUAUUGAUGUUCUGGCGCUGCAUUCGCGCCAUCCUGCUAAGCGUCGGAAUGCAAUAUUUUCUACUCACGGUAUUUCUGCUCUCCGUUAAUUUUCAACUGUUCCAUCCGCUGGUAUGGCUGGCCACCACGCUGCGGCUGGUGUGCAGCCUUUACACCUGGUUUGCGAGUAUACCACUAAUUGGUGCCGUCGUCCUUUAUGGCGUGAUCCUGUGUCAACAGCAUCUGGUGGAGCGUCGCUAUUGCGCCACUCGGUACCGCUGGCUGUUGCAGAACGGAGUACGCAAGGCUCUAUUCCUGAGCGCGCAUCUGCUUGUGGGCUACCUAACUGCCUGGCUCUACACGGGAUACCUGCACUCGGACUAUCGCCAUUUGAUUUACAAAUGCUACGGCCAGGACUGCUUAAGCUCUUACAAUGUGUUCCUACUGGGAAUGGGCACUACCGCUGGCCUCUACUACUACGCCCUCGAGCACUUGCGCAAUGGGGAGUCCCUUCAUUUCUACAUUGUGAACCAACCACGUGCUCAGAAAUUUCGGGAGCUGCUCCUCGCCGCCUUGUCUAAAGCACCCACAAUGGCUGUGGCGCCGACGCUUGGAUACACGUUUAUCUUCUGGUUGCUCGGCUCGCUUGUGCGGCAUAAGUUAAGUCAACUAUUCGGCGUAGAGGUAGACGAGCAACUAGUAGGCAUAUUGGACCUCGCCACAAAUGUGCGCCUCUUGUUUUAUGCCUGGCUCCUCACUGUGCAGAUUAUGAGCAAUAUGCAUCUGCUGCGGCACUUUUCUGCAAUGCUCCUGGCCGAGGAUCUGCCGCUUGUGAUAGCACGUAGUCGCACGGCUUUUGUCAAUGAGCAGGAACUGACAUUGGUGUCUGCCCUAAGCGUCUUUAAUGUCUAUGUGGUGCAAUGCGUAGCCGCGCGCUUCUUUUACAACCUGACCAUCAGUCCAAAUUCGUCGGCGCGCAUGGAAAUCUUUCUGCUGACGGAACCGGGAAAUCGUCCAGCCAACUGGCGCGCUCUCUGCGAUCAGUGCCUGAGUAUAAUAGUUGGUUUUACGGACGAGCUUGCGGACUCCAUAAGCAACAUCAGCGUUGUCAAAGGUCCCCAAUCCUUCACACCACCUCCAAAUGACGCGAAUGCUAAGAUACUAGCCGAGAAAAUACUUCUCCGCCAAUACAACCAGCUGCAUGGCAUUCGUCCCAUUAUGACGCCAAUGUCUGAGCUAUCAGCAGAGCAGCAGCUGCAGCAGAAAUCGGAGCACAUUCGUCGCAUGCCCAAUUGGUGCGAGCGCAUCUCUGGCCAACUCGAAGCUUCUGUACAGCGGCUGCUGCAGCGCAUUCCCUUCCUGGUGUAUUUCUUCCACGAGUCUGAGGGUGCCAAGACAGCAUAUUUGCUCAACAACGCGCUUCCGAUCUAUUGGCUUUCACAGGCGCUUGCACACUUGUGUGUUUCAUCGAUUAAGGAGGAUCGCUAUGGCGUGGUGCAGAGCGACUUACCCGCCAUAUUUAAGGCGCUGCACCGCCUCAAGAGGGAGCUGGACAUGCUGGCUACCGCCAUGGCCUCCACGACGCGGGCGCCCAAUAAGAAUUUCAAUAUGCUGCGCUGUGCUGUGCAGCGCAGUCUUUACAUAAUGUGCUCCUCGUUCUACGACUAUUUGGGCGAGGUGGUGCCUGCUGGCGAGGAACUUCAUCAGCUGCAGGCCUUGGUACUGCAUGACUGAUUAAUCCCAUAACCACGGAAACCAAAACUCAUCGACGUAUGCAUUUUGUAUUUUUGUUCGCGCAUCUCUCUUUAGUUGUUCUCGAUAAAAAUAAAAUUAAUAAAUACAACUAUAAUGUACAUAAGUAUACAA